AUGGCCAAUUUCCACGACGGCCGACUCCAACGGGCGUCGUAUACUCCUCCAGCAGUCUUUACAACUAAUAACCAACAUCUACGCCAACUUAUCAUAAAUAUUACCCAUUCGUACUCUGGACUCGUCCGUGUACUCUGGAAGACCCUUUUGGUCGGCCUUUUCAGCAUUUCACUCGCCAUUGGAACAUUUGCGUACAUAUAUCUUAACCGCUCUUCCGCGGAUGAUGGCACCGUGCAGACCAGCAUCCCUCUCGGCACGGUCCUGCUUUUGUUCAGCGUCGCCAGUAAAGCCGCACUUAUAUGCAUACCACUGGUCAUGUCCGCUGCCGCGUUUCAUACUGCAGAUACGUGGCUUCACCAAUCUCAGCAAGGGACGACAGACCCAGCUGCUGACGAGUCGCCAAGCCCAUACGAGUACAGGCUCCUUCUCAACAUAUUCACUAGUGGAAACGUCUUUGCGGCCUGGACAUCACUGAAGUAUAUCAUGCAACGACGCCGAGGCGACGGGAGCUCGCAUGCUGUCUCACAUAUUCUGCAAACAUCCUUCAUUACCCUCUGGAUCACCCUCAUCCUCACUUAUACAAUCAUUUCACUUGACUUUAUCCUCCAUCACUUUUCGACCGCCACCCUUGUUCGUCAAUCGCCCACCUUCAACGACCGAAACCGAUUCCAGUACGGCCGACGACUCAAAUCCGAGUGUCUCACCGUCAACGAAGCGUCGAAUACACCCUGUACAAUCCAGUACGAAUUCCGCCCGAUGAGUCACAUGGACCAAGUCACCAUUACAGCGUAUCCUGAAGCACUCCAUAUAGGAAAUGGAGAUUCGAUGUACCACGCUGUCGCCACUGCGCCACUGCCUGACAACAAUGCGCAAUACGCUGCCGCGCUUGUCCCAGCGCGUACAAGUAUCACUCCCGGUGCAACCUUUGAGGCGGAUACAGUGGGUAUGUACGCUACCUGCCAAGUCGUCACAAACAGCUGCGUAUUCAAUACGAAUUGCAGGGGUGUGGGUUGUAUCUCCGUCUCCUGUCAACCCCCGGGUUACCCAGCCACGAAUGCAUAUACCGUGAUAGCCGAGCAGAGUCUCUACACUUAUAACCCAUCAACAAAUAAAUGGGUUCCGAAUCAGUGGAACGGAACCUUGUUCAAUAAUUACACAUUUCACUACGGUGCAGCCUUUGACAUAGACGCCGAUACCAGCCAAAAUGGCAUGGAGAAUAAUAAUGUUUGGGGUCAUGGAAAUGAAUCGCCGUAUGCGACGAUUCUACUCAUUUGUUCCGUGACGGUGGCAGACAUGAAGGUCCAAUAUGUCGACCCUUCCCUCUCUACUAUUACCAGCUCAAACAAUACGACAUUCGACGAGAGCCACGGAUUCACAGUUCUCUCAUAUACCCCGACGACUUCCAACGCAACGACGCGCGCAGUGACAGCCGUCCUCGACAUGCCCUUUUCUCCUGUCAACACACUCUACGACGUGCUACAACCCCUUGCCGUUACUCUUAACGCAACCGAGUUUGUACGUGCAUUCGAGCGCGAGUACGCACGCACAUAUUUGCCGUUUGCACACAGUGCAUUCGAAGUCAUUCCGGCAACCUCGACAUCCGUGACUGCUAUCGUCGAAGGCGCUAUUAUACCCACCCCUGGGCUACUCGUCUACUCAGGUCUCCUGAUCUUGUUCGGUCUUUUUGCCCUCCUUCAGGGUGGAUUGGCGAUGGGCGUCAGCAAGACGGCAUUGUGGAAGCCAAAAGUUGAUAAAGCACGCAGUAAGGGCAAGGUAAAGAGUGAGGAGAAGAAUAGGAAAGAUGGGGAGUGGAUCAACAUUGCGCAGCUCGCUGCGGAACGACUCACGAGCAGCUGUGCGCUCGUCUAUGAAGCACUUGAGCGUCGUAGACGUUCAACAGAAGAAAAUUGCUCUCACUCGGUGCAGAGUGCUGGGAUCGAAAUGUUUGCCGAGGGUACGCGCGGCGAGCAACCAGGCAUAGAGAGCAGGGUCUUGUUCAGUAUCGAACAACGGGGCGCGUUUGUUCUCGGGUAG